AAUUCGAAAUUAAAAGAGAAAUACUUAUAUAUAUAUAUUGUACGAUACAUCUCGUUAUCAUUCUGACAUUUUUAUCAUGCAUAAUGAGCUUAAUGGAAAGUAAUUUACCAGUUUUUACACCAACACUUAUAUAAAUGAUCACAAUGUGAUGUAAAAGCAUGCUCAGUACUUUAUAUAUAUGCAAGAUUUAUUAAUGUACUAUCGGAUCUAUUUUAUCAUAAAAAUACGAUAUAGUAAAUGCAUAGUAAGCAUGUAACUAUAAGCGUCUUGUUAAAUGUACGUUAAGUACAUGUACGUAAUGUACGUUUCAAUGUAUAUUUUUAAUAUGGAGUACAUGUAAGUUAUAUAUAUACAUAUAUACAUAUAUAUAUAUAUGAUAUAUAUAUAUAUAUAUAUAUAUCAACAAAAGAUAUAAGUUGAUGUAAUUAAAGGCAAAAAAGGAAAAACAAAUGUAUUCCUCUUGGUGGGCACAACCGGUGACUGUAAGAUAUUAAUAUUUUGUCAAAAUAUUGGAUCGCGCACUUAUAAUUAGAUUGUAAUUCUAAGAAAGGGGUUUUGAACCUUUGAUAAGUUUUUUUUCUCUCUCUUUUUUGUUGUUUACGUUUGUUUACAAUAGGAGUUAUUAUAUAAUAGAUGCUUGUAAAGAUUUUUUUUCUUUUUUUCAUUUAUUUAUUUUUUCCUAACAAUUUAGAUUUAUUUUUAUUAUAUUUAUUUUCUUUCUUUCUUUAUCUAUUUUUUCUUUUCUUUCCUUUUUUUUGUUUUUCUUUUCCUUCUUUUUUCUUCUUUUUUUUUUCUUCAUUGUCUUUGUUCUUUCUUUUUUUUGUCGAACGAAAUUGUUGCUCGAUGCGGUUUGAUCGAUUAAUUAGAAGCAAAAAUAAAAAAAGAAUAUAUUAUGUAUUAUAUUGUUAUAUUGGGCAGUGUAUUACGUGUUACAUUAAAAAAAAAAAAAAAAAAAAAAAAGAGAAAAAAAGAAACAAGAAGAAAAUAGAAGGAAAACCCAAUUCUCUUUCAUUAAAUUCUAAUAAAUUCGAUAUUUUAUCUUGUUUGUUAUUUUUGAAAGGAACUCUUUUUCUAAUCACGUCUAACGUCGUCGUCAUAAUGUUGUGCCUUUCAAGGUUUAUAACGAAUAUUCAAUACGUAAAAAUAAUAAUGAUAAUUAUUAUAGUUAAACACUCAGAGACUAUUAAAAGUUGUUGGAAUCGCUGUGAAUGAAAAAGGACUAUCCUGUUAAAGGAGGAAAGCUGAUAUGCAUAAACUAAAAAGAAAAAAAAGAAAAAGAAGAAAAUAAUAAAAAAUGAAAUAUAUAGAAACAGAUACAUAUAGAUGUUUCUUGUAAGAAUACAACUUAAAUGUUGUUCGCAAAGGCCAUCGCAAAAAUAGGCUUCUAGGCAAUGUUCGCAAAUAAUCGAAUUGCAAUGCACGGCACAAGUAUCAGAUCAUUGUAACAACGUAGUGUAAAUCAGAAGAUAUGGUGUGUGUGUGUGUGUGUAUUUAUGUAUGUAUGUAUAUAUAUAUAUAUAUAUUAUAUAUACAUAUGUAUAUUAUAUAUAUAUAUAUACAUGCAUACAUACAUACAUAUGCAUAUGCAUAUGUGUAUAUAUAUGUGUGUGUGUAUAUAUAUAUGUACUAGCCACAAAUGUUGUCACCCAGCGGAACAAAAAGAAAAAUUAUGUACUGUGUACAUAUACAUUUGCCAUUUAAAAAGUAUACGUACAUAUUACAUAUCGAAGUUGAAAUAUAACAGGAUUAUAAUUACUGGACAUAUCUGUAAAGCCAAGUAGCAUCACAUUUUUAAACGUUAAUGAUUAUCACACCCAUGUUAGUGUUACUAUCAUGCCUGUGCAUUUUGAGACUAUGAAAAAAUAUUACAUACAUAUAAUUUUCUUUCAUAUGUAUACAAAUAUAUAUAUAUACAUAUAUAUAUAUAUUGUAAGAGAUGAUAAGAAGGAGAGGAAAAGGAGAAAAAGAAGAAGAAGAAAGGAUAAGGGAAAGGAAAAGGAAGAAAAACUUUCAUAAAGUUUUUAUUCACACGUAAUAACACUGUACUGAGACUUUGUAAUUAAUUAGUUUUUAAAUAUGCACUCUCUGAUGAAGAAAAUCGAACGAAAUGACAUCUUUAUUAACAUACUUGAAAUAUUAUAUCGUGUAGUAAUAUACUCAUUUGUAUGAUACCGUUUACAGAAGGUUGUUUAAUGAUUCCCAAAAUUAUGUAAUUGUAUACUGUUAUUAUUAAUUUUGAAGAGCAUAGUUACGUUGUACAAUGUAUAAAAUUUUAAAUAGUCCUGUAUAUGUAUACGUGCAGACACAUACGUAUUAUAAAAAAAAAAAUAACAAAAAGAAAAAGAAAAAGAAAAAGAAAAAACAAGAUACAUCGCGCAUACAUCGUGCAUAAAUUAAUUGUACGUGGGUAUAUAUGUAUAAUAUUAAUUAUAUAUAACGUAAUAGGAAUAUAACAUACAAUAUAUAUAUAUAUAUUAUAUAGUUGUGCAUUCAAUUAGAUAAUAAUUGCGAGGAAAAGGAAAGUAAUUCAUAUAGUGCCAUCGUAACUGAAUAAUUAAGGGAAAAUACCGACUUUAUGUUUUAAGUAGUAUAUCUUAGAUGAUAAAUUUGAAGAAGAAAAUUUCUUGCAGUGUUUAAGGACACACAAAGACUUGGUUUAUGUUUGUAAUAAUAAUUAUAACGUUUGCCAAGGUUGUUAAAAUAAGUAAGAGAUGUUUUACGAAAAGGUCAACUUUAUGUGAUGCUAAAUUUAUAAAAAAAAAAAAGAAAAAAAAAGAAAAAAGAAUAUUUUAUUAUUCUUUUAUGUGCACAGUCAAUGCCACACAAUCUAUAUAUAUAUAUACAUACAUAUAUACGUAUUUGAUUUUACCAUACGCAAGGAAAAAGUGCAUUAGUUAAAUAUAGGUCUUCGUUUGUACGUAUCACUUUGGUGCUCGACAUACCCGAUUAUCGUUAUGUAUUAUUCAAACUGAUCCAUAUGACCAUACACUACCGUAUAUUUGCCUAUUAUCGGUCAGUAUAAUAAUUACCAGAGUUAGUGAUAAAUGAUGAUUAUUUGAUAACACUUCUAUGUUGUACAUCACACAUACACGCACAUACAGACACACGUUACUUUAAACACACAUAUACGUAUAUAUAUGUACAUAUAUAUCUAUAUGUAUGUACGUGUAUAUAUAUAUAUAUAUAUAUAUAUAUAUAUAUAUAUAUUCAUACAAUGUUGCAUACACCUAACACAGACAUAAACACACGCAUAUACACACACAUUGUGGUUAAUAUUACAGUGUAUCAGCAUAAUGAUAUAUAAUUACUAUGAUGUUGCCCAUAGAAUACAUUUUACUUGGUUUUUAUAUUUUUGCAGUAUUUUAUUUGAGCAUUAUUCCAUCCAACACAAAACCUGACUAACACGAGCUAACGUUUCUUAUUUAUCAAAAAGUAAGAUAAAUCAAAUUCAUUUGAAAUAUAUCCUUUUAAGAUAAUUUUUAUUAUAAAUUUUAUUUGCCAUACUUUUUCAUUAAACUAUAUGAAAAUUGUUUUUCACGUGAUUUAUAUUAUUUAUUAUUUAAUUAUUUAUUUUUAUUUUCAGCAAAAUCUCUAGUAUCGUUUCAAAAAAGGGGCCAAUGCUGAACGUGUUUAUGACGAAAAAGAAAAAUGAUUGAGAUAUUGAAAUUCUUUCAUGCUAGAGAAUUCUAUCUGUUACAAAUAAAAAAAAAAUAUAUCUAUAUAUAUAAUCUAUAUCUCUAUAUAUAAAUAUAUAUAUAUAUAUAUAUAUAUAUAUAUAUAUAUCGUGAGGUAUAACUAUAAGAAAAGUAAUCAUGUUUAUCACUUUCCGCAGUGACUGCAUUUAUAGGGGCACAUUUUAAAAAUACUGACGGACGUAAAGGGUCAUAUGAAGAGUGAUUAUAAAAUUAAUAUCAUAAUAAUUAUAAUUAUAUAUUAUUUACACACAACAUCGAUCUAUAUUAUGUACAAUGACGUGUAACGAAUGAAAUGAGCUAAUUUUUAUGUUAGUCAAUGAAAAAUUAAAAUCUUUUCUCCAACGCAACAACGUUAACAAUGUUAACGAAAUGAAAAGACGGAACUCAUUCAUUUUCUUUCUCGUUUCAUUAAAUCUCAAUCAAUUUUUUUUUUCUUAUUCUUUUUUUCUUUUUCUCUCUCGAUGUUUUUCUUUUUCUUGUUCUUUUUUUUUUCUUUUUCUAUAAAAAACAAUACAAAAUAAAUAAAAAAAAAAAAAAAGAGAAAAGAAAAGAAAAGAAAAGAAAAGAAAAGAAAAGAAGAGAAGAGAAGAGAAGAGAAAAGAAAAGAAGAGAAAUGAUGAUACGAAGAAAAAAAAAAAAAGAAAAAGAGAAAAAGAAAAUAUCUACGAACAAAAACACAAAUGCUUUGCGAAGAUUUAUUACAGCAUCGAAUCGAGUGAGAGAGAACUGAAAAGUCAUGAAGUCUAAUUAUAAAUUUUGCGAGAGCCAUUGUACAUGUGAUAAGAAACAAAGAACACAAUUUUUCUAUACACGCAUAUACAAAACGCAUAGUAUACAUAUAUAUAUAUAUAUAUAAUUUUUAUAAUCGUUCUUUUCUGUUAUCGUUCGAAUAACUAUCAUAAAUUUUCUUUAUACACGUAUAUGUAGGUGUUUGCGUUAACAAGGUCGCAUACAGUAUGAUCGAUGAGAUCGUGAAAAAAUACCCUCUUUACAUUUUUUAUUAAUUUCAUCUAAUCACGUACAGUUUUUCUCUCCUCUAACUCCUACCUUCUCUCUCUCUCUCUCUUUAUUUUUUUUACCUCGUUACUAUAUCGUUUUGUUAUCCAAGUUCUUUUUUUUUUGGCCUACUCUUCCACGAUUCAUCUAUUUAAAAAUAUCUCGAUCUAUCGAUCGUACUGAAAUUUCUUUAAUGCAAACGAACUCGAUUCUUUAUUCUUCCUUGUUUGUUUUUUUUUUUUUUUUUUUUUUUUUUUAAUUAUUAUCAUUAUUAUUAAAGUUGUUCUCUUAUAUGCCACGCACACAGAAAUCGUAUGUAUGUACGUAACUUACCUACUUACCUGUUGUCUAUACGUCAAAGUAAAUGGAUUCGAUUUAUAAGGACUAUCUUCUUCUUACAUACAAACAAACAUUUUACGCGUACACGUUGAAAUUACGCCUUUUCAUUCUCGUGAGAAGGAAGAGAAGGAAGGGGGAAAGAAAAGAAAAGCAGACAGAAAAAAUAUUAUUAAUUAUUAGUAUUCGUCCUUCUCAUACAUAUGAUGAUCAUUCAUAAAUGCAUACAUAUAUACAUCCAUACAUACAUACAUACAUACAUACAUGCAAACAUAGCAAACAAACUCGGAAAAAAACAAUUUAGAGGGACCUCGAUAUAUUAUAUCAUGUCUUAUGCACACUCUUUACGAUGUAAAAGGCAACAAGAUAAAAAAAAAAUUAAUAAUAAUAAUAAUAAUAAUAAUAAUAAUAAUAAUAAUAAUAAUAAUAAAUAAUAAAUAAUAAUAAUAAUAAUGAAAUAACAAUUAACGUUGGUAAUUUAAUUCAGUGUGGCACACGAUAUGUUUGCACUGUGUAACACUGACAUGAUUUUUCAUUGUGACGUCCACUAAUAUGUAAACUUAUGCGAUUGUAAACAUGUAAGAUAGCGAUCGUUGUGAAUGAAAACAACACGGAACAGACAUAUCUCGCUAAUAAUAAUGAUAAUCGUACUUACCUCUAAGAGAAUAAUUAUGCAUCUUUUAGUACGUUCGAUUAGAGACACCCUCGCGUCGUAAAAAGAAAUAUAUUAUAUACAUAAAUAUAUAUACACACAUACAUACAUAAUAUAUAUAUAUAUAUAAUAUUUAUAUAUAUAUAUACACAUGUUUGAACAGAUAUACAAACACAUACACACAUUUAAACGCACAUGCGCGCGCGUAAAUGUAUUUUCGGGUAUCUCAAAAUUUAUCGAAAAUCGAUGAAUGAAAGAUGAGAUAACGAUAAGAGAAGAAAGAAAAAGGAAAGAGAAAAGCAGCGAUACGGAUUUCUCUGUCUUAUGUGUGUACGAUCGUAUCUAUCCUCUGUAGAAAUGCCUUAUUAUCACGUGCCUCGAUUAAUAUUUAAACUGUUCACCUGCUUACCUAUUACUUGUUAGUCUAUGUAAUGAAUAUACGUGUAAUAUCGAGUUAUUCUUUGUACUGCUCUUGUAAAUAUAUUCUGAAGAAUUACUGUCA